AGUAAGGUACCACAAAUGGAUUCUAAGGAUAGUGUAGGUAAGGUACCACAAAAGGAUUCUAAGGACGAAGAUGCACAAGAAAAGGGUUCUAAGGAUAGUGUAGGUAAUGUAUCACAAAAGGAUUCUAAGGAGAGUGGUACUAAGACAGCUAGUAACGCUAAGGCUGAACAGAAAGAUUCCAAGGAACAUGUAGAGACUGAUGGACGGAAAGUUGGCGAUGAUACAGCUGCACAUGAAUUGUCGGGAGCGUGUCGUAACGUUGUCUGUGGUCCCCAAGGUACUAGUGCCAGCAGCAGCACGCCGACUGCAGAAAAUGUCGGAACGACGUCGGAGCCAGCUCGGACGGAGGUCGAGACAACGCCGGCGGUGAAAAAAAAUUCCAAGAGCGAAAUCAGAUGGGACGUUUGGAGCAGACUGGAUCGCCAGCGACUGGUGAGGUUCCCGCGGCCGUGUCUUGGUCGCAUUCCACACUUUGUCGGCGCCUCGGAGGCGGCUGACAGACUGGCCGAGCUCGACAUCUUCAAGAAUGCCAACAGCAUUCAGGUCAACCCCGAGAAACCGCAGAGCUUCGUCCGCUAUCACACGCUCAAGGCUGGCAAACAACUGCUGGUGCCGAACCCUCAGAAGACAACCGGCUUUCUGCUGAAGGCGGAAGUGGUGCCUGAAGGAGAAGGGGACGAUGCCAAAGUGGUGGACGACAAGCAGCUGAUGUUCUACGCCACGCAGCAGGGCAUGCGUGAGAUUGGCAAGCCGGUCGAGCUCAAAGACGACUCCGUCAAAGUGGACCUUGUUGUCAUCGGUGCGGUUGCCGUGUCUCGAGAAGGCCAUGUUAUCGGACGAGGCCUGGGACUUUCUGACUUGGAGUAUGCGCUGUUGUUGUCGCAGGGUCUCAUCACAAAGGACACGAUUGUCGCAUGUACUGUUCACGACCAACAGGUAUACGACACACUACCACACGAGCUGUUCACGGCGCAAGACGUGCCGGUCGACGUGAUAGUGACGCCGACGCAGGUCAUCAACGUGGAGAAGAAGCAUGACAAGCCGGCCGGCAUCAUCUGGAGUCGGGUGUCGAAUCGGCGCAUCACCAAGGUGCCCGUUCUCAACAUCAUCCGCGACGAACUCAUCAAAGAGAACGUUGACUGCACACUGAAGGCAGAUGACACUGACGAGGAGGAGAACUACGUGAGGCCCAUGCUGUUUGGCCGUAACUAUUACCGCAUCAACGGAGCACGAAGGGGCGGCAACACGAGGGGCCGUGGCCGUGGCCGGGGGCGGGGUAGAGGAGGCAGGGGAGGAAUGGGAAGGAGUGGUAUGCGUGGUGGUGGCGGCGGCGGCUACUAUGCGGGAGGUGGAGGCGGUGAUGAGGAGAGGAGGCAGCAGGCUGUUGAGAGUGGCCAGGAAGAGGAAGAAGUGGCGGUGCCAGCGGGCAACGGAGGCGGCGGCGGACGCAGAGGGCGCAACCGCAGGCAGCGCAACCGAACGCCGCACCAACAAGACGCAAGCGGCAACAACAGCGGCGACAACAGCGGCGACAACAACGGCGACAACAACGACACAGCAAACAACAACAACAACCGUGUUGAAAACAAUCGCCCCGAGAACAACCGCAGAACCAAGAGACGCCAGAACCGAAGGGACAGAGUAACGGAGGGGCAGAAGAAUGGCAACACGGAGCCGAGGAGCGGAGCCGAGGGUCGCGGUAGCAGCAGGAAUGGUGGCGGGGGCGGUGGUAGAGGCAGAGGCGGAGGCAGUCGCGGCUACAGGGGCGGCGGCUCAUGGGGCAUCCGACGUCCGCCCCUCCCCAUUGAGUUCGUGAUGAAAGUGUCGGGGCUGGCGGCAGGAAUGCGGGUGAGAGACUUGAAGGCGGCACUUGGCGAGCGCCAAGUCAAGCCCUACGACAUCGCAUGGAUGCCGUCGGAGGGCAUCGCCUAUCUAAUGUUUGCAAAGAAUCUAAAAGACGCCAAGCCGAACAUCGUAAACGAACUGUCUGCUGUUAAUGCUGUUGAGGGGUACCCAGCCAAAAUGGAGCUGAAGCUGGAGGGACCUCCGAGAAGACAUAAACUGGAAUGGACUCUGAACGACGCGGCUCUGAACACCAACAAGGGCAGAGUGAAGAUUGUGACCAGAGUGGACGGCACAGUGCAACUGUUGAUCGACAAGGUCACCGCCGAGGACGCCGGCGAGUACAAGCUCACUGCCAUCAACAAUAACGGCCAAGUCACUACAGCCGCCCAUCUCACUAUUGUCGAUAAAAAGAAGGCCGAUCUGCCGGAGGUGGCACCCGCGUUUGCGAGCGAGCUGAGCGACGUGACGCUUGACGAACGUGCUUGCCUCACGCUCAGUGCCGACAUCACAGGCAAUCCCACACCCGACGUUGUGUGGACAAAGGACGGCGUCACACUUUCGCCCAACGAUCGCAUGCUUUUCACAUGCGAUGGCACCAAGGUUAGUCUGGAGCUGAACCUGUGCCGAGCGGUUGACGGCGGUGUGUACAAGUGCAAGCUGACGAACGCCCUUGGCUCGGUCGAGUCGACGGCCGCCUCUGUCACAGUCACCCGGCCCCCCAGGCGUCAGACCACGCUGCCACAGGCGAAUCCAGACUCAUUGGACACGAUCAACGCACUCAUGGACAAGAUGCGUGACUUGAAGAUCAGGUGCAGUGGAGGGGAAGGCCAGGGACAAGGAGGGGAAGGACAAGCAGGAGAGGGAGGGGAGUCACAGCAGACUAGCACAGAGCAGACGCUUUCUGUGGAGCUGGCCAGUCCCGUCUCGCGCAUCGAGAGCGUCCAAGUCUCAGCCGUCUGAACACUAAACAUUCCUUACUAUCAACAUGUGUAUGUGUGUGAGUGCAAUUAUUGUAUCCUUCGCUCUACGGUCAGUAUUGUCAGCAUCAAGAAUAAUUGAACAUUCACAUCAAGAAUAAUUGAACAUUUACAUCAAGUUUAAUCGAACAUUUACAUCAAGUUCAAUUGAACAUUUACAUCAAGUUUAAUCGAACAUUUCCAUCAAGUUCAAUUGAACAUUUACAUCAAGUUUAAUUGAACAUUUACAUCAAGUUUAAUUGAACAUUUAAAUCAAGUUUAAUUGAACAUUUCCAGAGUCGAACAUUUUGAAACGCACAAGGUGUCAAAGCUGCUGUAAACAACGUGAUUGUCGUUGAAUUAAAUAUGUUUAAUUGAUUUGGAACACUGUGAAUGACGUAUGAUGAUUAACUA